GCUAAGCGCACCAAGAAGGUUGGGAUUGUGGGUAAAUAUGGUACCCGUUACGGUGCAUCCCUUAGGAAAAUGGUGAAGAAGAUUGAAAUUAGCCAGCAUGCCAAGUAUACCUGCUCCUUCUGCGGCAAGACCAAAAUGAAGAGGAAGGCUGUGGGUAUCUGGCACUGUGGAUCCUGCAUGAAGACAGUUGCUGGUGGUGCCUGGACUUACAAUACCACCUCUGCAGUGACAGUCAAAUCUGCCAUCAGAAGACUGAAGGAAUUGAAGGACCAGUAGAAGCUACAUCCCGUUCUCCUUGUGAAACUUCCUUUUUCCCCACUGUCAAGAUCUGUCCUUUUAACAAUAAAAGGGUGGUAAUGGAGUGGAAUCA